UCACUUUGCUCUUCCAUUCUUUUUCCUUUCAAUACCAUUCCCAUGAGAAAUCCUUUUGUUUCUUCUUCUUGUUCUUCUUCAUCCUCACGAUGAUCAAACUCAAACACCGUCCACCCUGUUUCUUCCCUCUUCUUCUUCUUAUUCUGAUCUUCUCCUUCUCUGAUUCAUCUCUCGCCGUCGAUUUCAUCUUCAACGGCUUUAACUCCUCCGGCGUCUUGCUCUACGGCAACGCCACCGUUGAUUCGGGAAUCUUAUCUCUCACUCAUGAUCGAGCUUUCUCUAUUGGUCGUGCUCUUUACUCUCAGAAGAUUCCCACCAAAGUCCCAAAUUCUUCAUAUGUCAACCCUUUCUCUACUUCCUUCAUUUUCGCCAUGGCACCUUAUAAGAAUGUUCUUCCUGGCCAUGGCCUUGUGUUCAUCUUCACGCCUGUUCGAGGAAUCCAAGGUACAAGCUCUGCUCAAAACUUAGGUUUCUUGAACUUCACCAACAAUGGCGAUUCCGGCAACCAUGUGUUCGGUGUUGAGUUCGAUGUGUUCAGGAAUCAAGAGUUCGAUGACAUAAACGACAAUCACGUUGGGAUCGAUGUGAACUCUCUCAAAUCUGUUGUGGCAAACGAUGCCGGGUACUGGCCGGACGACGGCAAGUCGUUCGAAGAAUUGACGCUGAACGACGGUGAGAAUUACCAGGUUUGGAUUGAUUAUGAAGAUUCUUUGAUUAACGUAACUAUGGCCCGAGUAGGAUCAAAACGACCGCGCAGGCCAUUGUUGAAUCUGUCGUUGAACUUAUCUGAAGUUUUUGAAGAUGAAAUGUAUGUGGGAUUUACAAGUGCGACAGGACAAUUAGUUCAAAGUCACAAAAUUCUGGCUUGGAGCUUUAGUAAUUCGAAUUUUUCACUAAGCGAAGCAUUAAUCACUUCUGGGUUACCUUCUUUUGUUCUUCCAGAAGAUUCAAUCGUCAAAUCCAGAGGAUUUAUUGCAGGACUGACCAUUGGGAUUUUCUUGAUACUCUGUUUCAUCGUUCUGGUGACUCUGUUUUUAAUACAGAGAAAACGAAGGAAAGCGAGGGAAAGAGAAGCAAUGGAGGAUUGGGAAUUAGAGUACUGGCCACACAGAAUAACCUACGAAGAAAUCGAAUCAGCAACAAAAGGAUUCUCCGAGGAAAACGUGAUCGGAAUCGGAGGAAACGGCAAGGUAUACAAAGGAAUCCUGGGAGGAUCAGAAAUCGCAGUGAAACGAAUAUCCCCCGAAAACAAUGGAAUGAGAGAAUUCCUAGCAGAAGUCUCCAGUCUGGGAAGACUCAAACACAGAAACCUCGUAAGAUUACGAGGAUGGUGCAAGAAAGACCCAGGAAAUUUCUUACUAAUCUACGACUACAUGGAAAAUGGGAGUCUAGAAAAAUGGGUAUUUCAAAACGAAGACGACGACAAGAGCCUAAACUAUGAGCAGAGGAUAAGGAUUAUGAAGGAUGUGGCUAGUGGGGUCAUGUACUUGCAUGAAGGUUGGGAAGUGAAAGUAGUACACAGAGAUAUUAAAGCCAGCAACGUACUGUUAGAUAAGGGGCUUAACGGAAGGUUGGGAGAUUUUGGGUUGGCUUUGAUGCACAAAAAUGAUGAAGUGGCUAGGACCACCAAAGUGGUUGGGACGGUGGGUUACAUGGCCCCUGAAACGAUGAAGACUGGAAAAGCGUCAACUCAGAGUGAUGUUUACAUGUUUGGAAUCUUGGUUUUGGAAGUCAUGUGUGGAAGGAGACCUAUUGAGGAAGGAAAACCAUCCUUGGUGGAGUGGGUGUGGCAACUCAAAGCACAAGGACAACUAAUAAGAGCAAUGGAUGAGAGAAUGAGGGCAAAAGGAGAAGUGAAUGAACAACAAGUAGAAACAAUUCUUAACUUGGGAUUAUUGUGUGCUUAUCCUGACCCAAAAGCCAGGCCAACAGUGAGACAAGCACUGAAGGUUUUGGAGGGAAAGAAUAUUACUACUACUAAUAAUAAUAAUAGUGAAGAUGGUGGAGAGCAUGAUGAAAGUGAAGAUAUGGGUACCUAUUUGCUUAAAACCAUUACAUCCCCAAAGGACUUAUGGUCUGAGUAUUCUCUUUACUUAAACUUCUCAUCUCACCCAACAUUUGAAGAUGUUAGACACACUACUACUUCUUCUUCUUCAUCUAACACUAUUCUUGAGGGCAGGUAAUGUAGAGAAUGAAUCACUUGAAGUUAAAAUUGGUUGAGUUGAAUGUAAAGUUUCAACAAUGAGGAUCUUAGCUUCAAAAGAUUUGAAUAGAGAUGUACAAGUUUUGUGUCAAUAUAGGUGAGUGUAACCUCUAUAUUUCUCUCUCUUUUGCUUCGGUUAUUGUCACUAUAUGAUGCUGUAUAGUGUUGAUUAAAUUCAUUUUUGAAAUCAUGGAUGAUUGGCUUUGUGAAA